CAUUCAUUCGCGCACGAAUUUUGCAUUUUUGUAUUGCUUGUUCUACGGCGUCGUCUCCCGUCAACUCCAAAUGGUGAUCCAAGUUAUCUCUGUGGUGAACUCUCUUGUGGUGUUUUUUGACUUGCUGUCUCAACAGUGGGCACCACCCAACAUCUCUGCGCGCUUUUCUUCAAGGAAAAGACCUUGCAACCUUCUCGAAGCCGCCGUUUUCCCAACAAAGACGCGCACACGGGCAACCGCGUACGCAGAGGUAACCAAGCACAGAAAUGAAUCGCCAACCUGCGAAGGUGCUCCUGUUGCUCUGUGCAGUGAGUGGCUGUGCGGAAAUUUUGGCAUAGCAGUGUCAUACGAGCCAUGCACCAUUGAGUCAACUCCCAGGCGUGGCAGAAUUUGCAUGUUUGGUGCAAUCAGCAUUAAGCUUUUCACUCUCUGGAUAGCCAGUGUUAUUUUCUGUCAAUGAAGAGUGGAAGAGCUUACAAGAUCAUGCCACAGAACUCUGCAUAUGCAUAUAGUGUUUAAAAAUUGUAAUUGCUUGCUAAUGCUGCACUCAUGUUUUCAAAUGUCCAUUAUAAGUUUGCUUCGAUUACACAUUGUCACUAACAGUUCUUGUCCGUACUGUAAAUAUUUCACGAAGGACUGAAAGUACCUCUGUUGAAGGUACUCCCAAAUGUGCCUUUACUGAGUGUGUGAGGUAUUUGAGGGUAUGAUGAUGACUUCAGGAAUAGCAACGAUAUUUCAGAUGAGAUUAAAUAUAUGUGCGCCAAGUUUUGUACUUUGUUUCUGUUACCACUGUUUUGUAAGGUUGUCGGGUAAAGCAGCCUUAAGCCUCAGUUAUUAACUGAAUAUGGCCUUGAUAAUGGCUGGAUGCUAAGAUGAGAUAGUGCAUGUUGAUCUUGGGCAUUGCUUUCAAAAUAGUGGUGUUUUUAACAUUGCGUGGAGUCUCUCAGUGGUUCCCCCCUAGCAAGAAAUCGCAAUAAAAAUUGCAUGGCCUGUCUGAUUACUGACAUCAAUAGGUGGUCUAUUGUUUUUAUAGUCAUAUUGGUUCUGUGUACAUGUCAAUUCAAUAAGUGUAUCAGUUCUAUAGGUUUAUUGUUUCAAUUGGCUUAUGUUCUAAUGGAUGUAUUGGUCCAAUAGGAUUAAUUGGCAGGGGUGAUCAUGCAUGCUAGUGCAAUAGGAACAUUUACACCAGAGUAAAGCUUAUAAUACUUUAUUCACUCUCAGCGGGAUGGUGCUUAUCUCAAACACGCAGUACACUAGCCACACAAAAAUCACUUAGCCAGGCAUAAAAAUGACACUAAAGGUCAGAAUUGGGCCGGACUGUGGCAGAACUUGCUUAGGAAACUGUGGAUGCAAACUUGAAAUAGCUUUGUGUGUGCUUCUGCAAAGACAUAAAAAAAAGAAAUAAAAAGCACACAUCUGCUACAAACCGCUUAAACUAUCAGUAGCACACUUGAAGUUAUGUGCUGCUUGUUUAAGGACACCCCAUCUACAUUUAUAAAGGAUUUUCAUGUCAAGUUUUGUCAGCAUAUCACCUAUUACAACUUGCAGUAACUGAUACUCCAGGCAAACUUUCGCAGUAAUAGAUGAUGCAGUGAGCAUGUCCAUGGUGGACCACAUGGUCAGUUAACAUGCAAUUUGUGGGCAACAUUGUAGCAGUCAUUAGACCUAGGUCAUGCCAGCAAGUUCGGUGUGGCCGAUACUUGACAUUGUAUUUGUCGUACGGGUGCCACAGUGGUUCUCCUGUCUGAUUAUGGACUGUAGACAACAAAUGCGAAUCGACGGCACAAAUCACAGCAAACAUUGUAGCGAAAACACAGGGGGAGAAACUUUGAAAGACUGAAGAGCUGAGGUGUCCACUGCCAGCGCUUGUUGACCGCUUGCUACCUAUCGAGGAGAAAUGGUCAUAAGUGCAAGUGCAGUUUCCUAACCCCUGUUUGCUCAGACUCACUUAUGUAUCGAUUAGGGUGAUUUAGCAUAGCGGAAUCCGGCUAUCCCAUUGACGGUACUGGAUUGUACGUGGGGUCCGUCUGCAUGACGAGGUGGAGGGCACUCCUGCCAAAUCAAGUUGGUCUCGUAUGAAACUACUAGAUUCUCAGCACGUAACCAUCACCAGGCCAGCUCUGUCUUGCCUGUGGACAAAGGCAAUGGCUUGAUUGAGUACCAGUGUUCGCUGUGUCCCUAUAAGACCACCUGGAAAGGCAAUGUCCGCUUGCACCAAGUGACUCAUUCAGACAAGUGUCCGUUCAUCUGCUCGCAAUGCUUCAAGGCCUUCAAGAGGAAUCACCACCUCAAACGGCACCUGUUGCGUGUCCAUGACCGCAUGGCGCGGGCUUGUCGGAUAUCUCCUGUCCGCCAGAAUUGACAAUGGCGGUGGGAGUGGCAGCGAGUGCUACCAGGCCAUGCCCCGACCCAUCGCACUCGGCGGUGACGGCACCGCCACUCGGAGAAGCUAGGCACGUAGUGGCCGCACCGGCGAGGUCGCAGCACGGCGGCGGUUGCUACAAGUGCUCAUUCUGCAGCAAGUCGUUUGAGAAACGGUGGUUCCUCCAGCGGCACGUACGCAUCCACACGGGUGACAAGCCCUUUCGGUGCCAACUCUGCCCAGCGACCUUCAACCAAAAGAGCCAUCUAGUGGGGCACACCCGUUGCCACACAGGCGAGAAGCGGUACCAGUGCCACUUGUGCCCGAUGGCCUUUAGUUGGCGCCGCUCGCUCACAAACCACGUGCAAAAGCACGGCGUGCAGGCACCACCUCAGUUACAUGAUGCAGCCUUUUCGGAUAGCUUCGGCCAGUCAAAUGUGACAAGGGCGACUGGAGAGGCAGCGAACACCACCAGGCCGCGCCUCUCCCCAGUGCACCUUCGAGCAACCGCGGUGGUGCUUGAAGAAGUGCGACGCCUGCCAGCCGCUUCGACAGGGUUGCAUCUUAGCGGCGGCCGCUUCAAGUGUCCGUUCUGCAGCAAGGCAUUUGCACAUCAGUGGCACCUGGGGCGUCACGUGCGCAUCCACACGGGCGACCGGCCCUUCCGGUGCCACGUCUGCCCGAUGGCCUUCAACCAGAAGAGCACGCUCAUGGGCCACUUGCGCCGCCACACGGGUGACAAGCCGUACCAAUGCCACUUGUGCCGCAUGGUGUUCUCCUGGAAGAGCGCGCUGGCGAAGCACCUGCAGCAGCACGGCGUGAUGGAACAUUGUGUGCUCACCCUCGUACCUGCUUUUUUCAUGGCUGCCACAGAACUGAACACCGGAAGUCCAAGAACUGCAGAAUGUUCUGCCUGGCCAGAAGUCUCGGUCGACCCACCUGCUGCCACUGCACCGCUGCCUCCUCGCGGGCGCCCCGCAGGUGUUGCAAACCGGCCACGCGUUCUGCGCCCAGAUGCAGGCAUCAUCAACAUCAACAUCAGGCCUUACAAGUGUCCGCACUGUGACAAGGGCUUUGCGGACCAGUGGCACCUGCGAAGGCACGUGCGCAUCCACACGGGUGAUCGGCCUUUUGCGUGCCCUUUCUGCCCGAUGGCCUUCAACCAGAAGAACACCCUCAUCGGCCACAUGCGACGCCAUACAGGUGAUAAGCCCUACCGCUGCCAGUUCUGCCGCAUGGCCUUCUCCUGGAAGAGCACCUUUGCCAAGCACGUCCAGCAACAUGGCUCCGAGCACCUUCCGCUCCCAAUCAACUGACAGCUUGCAAGGAGCUUCAACUAAGCCUUCCUGCUGUUUGAGUGCUUCAUUCACGGUGAUCAAGGGCUUUGCAAACAACUGUGCUAGCUUCCUGUCGUUGUGCACCAUGAGUCUCAGCGUCUUGCCAUCAUCUGUGUGCUUGUGAAAGUGCGUGAGUUAACAUCCCGCCACAUGGUUUUGGACAUCUUGCGCUUUACAUCUGAUGGCAGCCUAUGACAUUCUCUGAGGAAGAUCUCUCGCAUGCUGUGGUGCUUUGACUGUUACAAAGGCUUUGAGACACACAGCCUUUUCAUGGUGCCACGUGUAGCAAACCUUGGGGAGCAUUCACCUGUUGCCAGCGUGCGACAACAAACAGUUAUAUGUUCAGUGGCAUGGUCCUUUAUGUACAUCAUACUUGCACGCGACUGAUGAGCAGCCAUCGACUGUCGGCUACCUUUUUUCUACAUGCGUUCCAGCCACAACAUGGAAUUUGCAUAUGUAUAGAUUUACCCAUUGAUAUUUUUUUCGUUGUGUCCAGCAAACGUCGUAUGUAGAAAGAAUUUCUUUUUCUAACUUCCCAAUAAGUUGCAGUGAACAGGAGGCCAGCUUCAAGCACUGUUACGUUAGGGUAAACAUGACUAAGCAGUAAAAAGGAGAGUGCAGAACUUGUAGUAACAGCAAAAUUAAAUGGACCUUGCCUUUAUUUUGUCUGCGUUGUGCUGUGUUCAUUAAGUCACUCAAGAAAGUACAAGCUGCGCUUGUUGCAUUAGAUUUUUGCUUUUUCCCGCGGCAUGUUCCUGGAGCAGUCCCUGCAAACAAAUCAAGCAGAUUCCACAUGUUAGAGUAAGGCAAGCAAAGAGGUUUUGCUGCACUCUUGCUUACAUGGAACUUUGGUGGAGCCUACCUCAUGUAAAAGCAGAGAGAGACUGAGAUGUAGAGCAUAUACUAUUAGCUGUUGUUUAGAACAUGUUAGUUCUUGCUGGUAGACUUACAACACCUCUGUAGUUGAUUCGUUAUUAACUGCAGCACAACUGGAAGAAAAAAGAUAGAAACAAAGCAAACACACCAGUGGUGUGUGUGUUCACUUUUGUUUCUGUCCUUUUCCUUCAUGUUGUGCUGGGGUUCACAUAAUGAAUCAACACCAGCUAGCCUUGCUUUCAGUUCUCAUCUCUGAUGUGCCUAAAUAGACAGACAUGCUACCUUUUUGCACAAAUUCAUUUGCCUGUGCAUGGAAGUUGAUUGCUAGCAAGAGUGGUCGUGGGCCACCAGCAAUCGAUACCUCUGUUGUUCUAAUCUUUUCACUCCACAUCCUUUUUUUAUGUAUUGUUUACAACUGCACAUUCGCAAACAGCCAACAUGUCGCGAGGCCUCCCACUAGCUGUAGUUGCAUCCAGAAUUGUCCUGAACUAGAGGGAACCUGAAGAUAGCAUUUAUAAAUCUUUACUUGUUGAUGGCAUUUCCUCACAAAAAGUGCCCAGUACAGCAAUGUUUGCAGUGCGCAUCGUUAGAAAGUCCUGAGAAUGGGAAGUUUAUGCAUGUGCCACCAAUAGGGACAUCGGGCAGUGUCAAACUCAUUGCUGUUGAUAUGCAGUACGCAAUCAGUGGCCUUGGCAAACAUCUGUUAAAGCAAAUGUAAUGGACUGGUUUUAAUAGUAAUAAAAAAGCCUCAGGAGGGUAUUGAUUGUUGCUAACUGAUAAUGUUUCCACUGCAAAGGCACUAAGUUUACUGACCUUGUUCAUAUCUUGCUGUGGACAGCUGAGCAUCUACGCAGUUCACCUAGCUUCGGUGAAAGAAAAUGCGAGUUGAGAAAUUGAGUUUAUCCGUCCUCGUACGGAAUUCAGCCGACUGUCUGUAUAUCAUUCCCAGGAAAGAAACAUAUGUUGUGCUGUUGACCUGAUGUACUCCACACAUUUCUUCAAAUGCACUUCACUUAUGAUGCGCAUUUUAUGUGUGCACCGAUCAAUGCGGCUUUACCGGCGUAAGAAAAUGGAAAGACGCACGUGUGAUAGUUCAGCUUUACAUGAUACUCGCAAUCUUAUCUUUUGGAAGCCUGUUGAAUUCAGCUGAAUUCUUUCAGGUCAUAUAAGCUCCUGAGAUAUGAUUUUAUUGAGCAGUUUUAUGUGCUACCUAUUAUUUGACAGCAGUGCAUCAUAUGUUCAUAAAGGCUGAAUGCACUUUAAUCACUGCAGCACCUGCUGCAAUGAGCAUACAGCAUGUCAAUGAGCUGCUUAUCAUGAGGUCGUUGCAUCUUGGCUAUAGCGGUCACAUUCUAGUGGGGGCAGGAAAAAAAAAGGAAAGCUUAAUUUUGUUGUCGAAGAACUGCAGAUAUUUUGAAUCGGCUCAGAGGCCCCCACUCAGUGUUCCUUGUAGACCGAAGUGCAGCGAUUCAUUCUUAAACCUAAUCAGGAGGUUGUUGAAUGUCAACAGAAUUGCAUUUGCUGGUUUUACUUUUCACACAAUUGCACAUUCCUUUUGUUUCCUUGUAACACGCAUUUUUAUUGUGUUGACAUCAUGAUUAUAUAUGUGCAGCAAGGUAUCGUAGUAUACAUAUGCAAAAAUAUUUAAUCUUACUUUAAUGCAUAUAGUCAUUUACAGUCAGGAGCUUUUAAAAAGCCUACCUUGUUAAAGCUUCCUUAGCAGGAAGUUAUGUUCCUGUUGAUUCCUAUUUUUUGACAGUGGUGCGUAAGCGUACUGCAACUAGAAUUCAGUCAUCUAUCUGUCUUUUAUUAUGCACUCAAGACGAGCUUGUGAGAUACUGUUGUAUAGACAAACAUUUACAUAUAUUGAUGUAUUCGUCAGGGUGCAUCUCAAGCAUUGCAAACAUUUUGUGAUUGCGCAGGUCGGCAUUGCUAAAUGACUAACAUGUGUAUUAGGAUGGCACAUUCCAUUGACAAUGGCUCUAACUCUUCUGUACCCUUCGCAACAUUUUGUUAUACAGGUGAGUUUAUGAUGCUACAACAUGAGAUAAAACAAUUUGUAUGAGAAGCAUUAUGAGCUCCUUACUGUUUAAGCAUGAGGGGCGCUCAAGACUAUGCUGGGAGGAGCCUCUGCUAUGCUACUAGUACAUGUGUGUUGCUUUCAUUUCUUUUAUUGUGGUAUUGUCGUGAGCAUGAAAAUGAGCCAUGUUUUUCAUUCAUUGUGACAUACAGACUUGCUGUUUAGAAAUCAUUUGCACUGGGCUGUAUCCUUUACUAAUGUGUCUGCACACUGUUUCAAAAACCUUACCAGCAUCACUCAGAUGAGUGUCAUUGUAUUUCUAUUUCUUUGUUUCCUGGUUAGCUUUAGAUAGGCAUGCCUAUUAACCCUAGGGACAGUGGGGAACAUGCAUUCUGACUUGGAGUUAACUUCUUUGGAGUGAAUCUUUUGGCACUCAGUUCACUGCACUUUACUGAGAUUGUGCAUUUCAUUUGAGGACUAGUCUUGGUGCAACAUGUCCAUCUUCUGAUGCCUGCAGUGUGUAACCCAGGACUAAGGAGCAUUUAUAUUGUUCAUUAUUACACUUAGAGAUGACAGUGUUGACGCAUUUAAAAAUGUUAACUUGCAAUCACUGCACCACUCUUAUUCCUAGCAAUUCCUCUAGUGUAGUUUUUUUUCUUCUAGUUUGAUAAUGGAUGCUUGUUGUCAGUGUUCAAUUUUGAAACCGAAAGGGUCUUUGAAUAAAACUCAUUUAUGAUAUUCA